AUGAGGAUCCACUAUCCCACGGACGCCGCUUCUAGCGGUGGUCAGACGCCGACAAGUUCUAUUUUGCGAUCGUAUAGCGUCUACGACAACAUCCGACCAGAAGAAAACAGAUUCAGCUACUUUGAAGGAAUUCCUAUAGAACAUCAUCCGGCUGGUGUGAUAGACACACAAGAAACAGCCCGGUUACUGCCCUACGACUCCACUGACUACGGCGUGGUGCCCGAACGCACCCUUCGGGACAACGACCAGACUCCGGGGAUCCGUCAGCUAAGUCCACAGGAGACGACAGUGUUGCAGAGACCACACGAAGGCACGUAACAGCGUCGAGCCGACCCAGCGAAACUGUCAUGGAGUUCGGAGCACCCCCGAUACUCAUAACUGAUGUCAAGCGAUGGGAUUUCAUUGGGUCGUACAGUUUGCAAUCAUCAAAAACCCGUUCUUCCGCUGCCCAAUGCCAUAUCAGGAAUCCUAACCCGGUUGACUGUUAGCUUCUAUGCUGUUUAAAGUUUAAAAUUCCACUAAAUCUAUUGCAGCGCUCUUCAGGGGAGUAGAAGAAGCUGCCACACUACUUUCAUCCCGCCUUUUGGUUUCCGGCGCUCCAACCGGUUUGUGAGAGGCUACAUAUGUAUUAAAACUAUGCACUCUUAUUUAAAAGAGCAGAUGGACAAACUCAGCGCCUUGUAUAUUUAUCCCCCUUUUUACUUUUCAACAUCCGCAUUGUGUGGCUUUCCUAAUCGGAAUAUUUUGCCUCUCACCUUUUCACACUGUUUCACCCACUAAGGCAAACGGUUUGGCCUACAAGCAAGAAGGAUAAUGAACUAUUGUACAUUGUGAUAAUGCUUUCAUGAUCUACCUUUUUGAAGUAAAGAUUAUUUGACCUUAUCUG